AUGCGCGACUUCCUUCGUCGCUCAGUGGCACUGCUGCUGCUGCUGUGCCUCUGCUUCCUGUCGAGCUCCGGUGCAUCGCGCUAUCGGUUCACGCUGACUUCUCGCACUGAGGAAUGUGUGUUGGAGGAAGUGGACGCCCGUGCGUCCGACAAUAUGGUUCUCGUUCGCUUUGCGAUACUGGAAGCCAAACGCUACGAUCUGGUGGACGUUGUGGUGAAAAGCCCCACGCAGCGUGAGAUAUUCCGUUGGAAAGCUAAACAGGCCGACUUCGGCUCGGCGGCCGUGCGCGAAAACGGGCUGUACCACUUGUGUUUCCGCAAACUCAAAGGCGCGUCAUCGACACUCACGCUCUUCUACUCGUUCGACUUCAUCUCGACUGGCGUGCGAAGCUUGGCGUUGACAUCCACUGUCGCGGCAACAGUAAGCUCAGUAGGCCCUCAGGUGCCGAUGUACACGCACAUGGAGGUGACGACAGUGAACGGCCACGCUACGAAGAUGGGAGUCAUGGAGUUCGACCUGUCUGACGUCUCGCACAGUAUCAUGCAUAGCAAUACUCAUGUGAAACUGCUGCUGACAGUAGACGACGUCGGUAAUCGCAGGACGGUGGAUAUUGCAUUGACACUACUGCCCAGCCGGUUACGAUACCCCGUCACGUGGGAAAGUCUGGAAAGUCACGUGACCGAUGGCUCCGCCAGCCACGUGCUUGGUUACGAUGUGACGGGUUUUAGUAACCAUGUCGCAUUUGACAUCACUGAGACGUUUGAAGCCAUCCUGAAUGAAAAGGCGGAGACGGUCGCUUUCUCGAUUCAUGCGAAUGAGAAUGGCGGUGCCGUUGUGAUCGGUAUUACCGACCGUGACGACGCGGACCACUUUCCUCAGAUCGUUGUCGAAGACGUGGGACUGGACCUUAUGCAAGAAUUGGCAUACUUUCAGUCAUCUGUCUUUGCCCUCCGUGGUGACAUUUCGCUAGUCAGACACCGAGAACGACUAAGUCGUGAUGCUGCGGAAAGCGCAAAUUCGCGCGUGAAGUGGAUGUCUCUGAUCACAAACGUCGUGCUCGUAGGCAUUGCGUUCGGCCAGGUGAUCUACAUUCGCAGCAUACUCAAAGGCAGGUUCUGA